AUGUCUCGCCUUGUCAGAUGUCUGAGAAGAAGAGUGAUAUCUACCAACUUAUCACCUUCGUUUUCCUACAGAAACCCUAGAGUAUGUCUUCAGCCAAUUCAAAACCCUUGUUUCUUAACUAUCUCUAAGUUUCUAAGCUCUGGAAGUUAUGUGUCGGAAAUGAGGAAGUCGGCGUUCGAGGGUAACAUUCUCCGAUUAAUCCGUUCUGAGAUUCAGUCCGAGCUCGACCACUCUCCUCCUCUUCAGCCUGAGGAGAGGUUUGGUCCAUUCACGGUGGAUGAGCGGCCAGGAGAGCAGUGGAUUAGCUUGAGAAGAAAAUAUGGGGACAAGGAAGAUAUUAAGAUCGAAGCUACCAUGUUUGAUGGAUCAGUGCCAUCAUCAAAGUCUGCAAGCAGUGACCCUGAAGAUGUUCAGCUUCACAUUACCUUCGUUGUCAACAUCUCUAAGGUCGGUGAUGGUCAGACCUUAGAGAUCAUGUGUUCUGCUUGGCCUGAUACUAUACAGAUCUCAAAGUUCUUUGUUCGUAAAAGUAGCAAGAACUCACCAAAUGCCUAUGUUGGACCAGAAUUCGAGGAGAUGGAAGAUGAACUUCAAGACUCGGUUUAUCAAUUUUUGGAGGAAAGAGGCAUAAGUGAUGAUCUUGCUGUGUUCUUGCAUCAGUACAUGAAGAACAAAGAUAAAGCCGAGUAUAUUCGAUGGAUGGAGACUGUUAAAUCUUAUGUUGAGCAAAAAUAA